AUGACAUUAUAUAGCUGCUGCUUCAUUCUUCUGCUGUGUACCUGGAGCGCUGCUGCCUACGGGCCAAACCAACGGGCACAGAAGAAGGGAGACAUUAUUCUUGGAGGACUGUUCCCCAUUCAUUUUGGAGUGGCUGCUAAAGACCAGGACCUAAAAUCCAGACCAGAAUCAGUGGAGUGUAUAAGGUAUAAUUUCCGAGGCUUCCGCUGGCUCCAGGCUAUGAUCUUUGCCAUAGAAGAAAUAAACAGUAGCCCAACUCUCCUUCCCAACAUGACCCUGGGGUACAGGAUAUUUGACACCUGCAAUACAGUCUCCAAAGCCCUGGAGGCCACACUGAGCUUUGUGGCCCAGAACAAGAUAGAUUCCCUGAACCUGGAUGAAUUUUGCAACUGCUCAGAACAUAUCCCCUCCACAAUUGCAGUUGUGGGGGCAACUGGCUCUGGCGUCUCCACCGCGGUGGCCAAUCUGCUGGGACUCUUUUACAUACCUCAGGUCAGCUACGCCUCCUCCAGUCGACUCUUGAGCAAUAAGAACCAGUUCAAGUCCUUCCUCCGCACGAUCCCCAACGACGAGCACCAGGCCACGGCCAUGGCAGACAUCAUUGAGUACUUCCGCUGGAACUGGGUGGGAACCAUCGCGGCUGAUGAUGACUACGGCCGGCCAGGCAUCGAGAAGUUCCGGGAGGAGGCAGAGGAGAGGGAUAUCUGCAUUGACUUUAGUGAGCUCAUCUCCCAGUACUCGGAUGAAGAGGAGAUCCAGCAAGUGGUGGAGGUCAUCCAGAACUCCACGGCAAGGGUAAUUGUUGUUUUCUCCAGUGGGCCAGACCUGGAGCCUCUCAUCAAGGAAAUAGUCAGGCGGAACAUCACCGGAAAGAUCUGGCUGGCGAGCGAGGCCUGGGCCAGCUCUUCCCUGAUAGCUGUGCCAGAGUUCUUCCGCGUCAUUGGCAGCACCAUCGGCUUUGCGCUGAAGGCAGGGCAGAUUCCAGGCUUUCGGGAGUUCCUGCAGAAGGUGCACCCCAAGAAGUCCAGUAACAAUGGCUUUGCCAAGGAGUUCUGGGAGGAGACCUUCAACUGCUAUCUCCCUGAGGGGUCCAAAACUCCUCCAGCCUCAGCUUCCUUCCACAAGGGCCAUGAAGAAGGAGCGGGAUCUGGAAAUGGAACCUCUGCCUUCCGACCUCCCUGCACAGGGGAUGAGAACAUCACCAGCGUGGAGACCCCCUACAUGGACUACACCCACUUGCGGAUCUCCUACAACGUGUACUUGGCAGUCUACUCUAUUGCCCACGCCUUGCAGGACAUAUACACCUGUACCCCUGGGAAAGGGCUCUUCACUAACGGCUCCUGUGCAGACAUUAAGAAGGUUGAGGCCUGGCAGGUUCUCAAGCAUUUGCGACACUUAAAUUUCACCAAUAACAUGGGGGAGCAAGUGGACUUUGAUGAGUUUGGGGACCUAGUAGGGAAUUACUCAAUCAUCAAUUGGCAUCUCUCGCCGGAGGAUGGCUCAGUUGUCUUUGAAGAGGUUGGGCACUACAACGUUUAUGCCAAGAAAGGGGAGAGGCUCUUUAUCAAUGAAAACAAGAUCCUGUGGAGUGGAUUCUCUAAGGAGGUGCCUUUCUCCAACUGCAGCAGGGAUUGCCUGCCAGGCACGAGGAAGGGCAUUAUCGAGGGAGAGCCCACCUGCUGCUUCGAGUGCGUGGACUGCCCCGAUGGGGAGUACAGUGAUGAAACAGAUGCGAGUGCCUGUGACAAGUGCCCUGAGGAUUACUGGUCCAAUGAGAACCACACAUCCUGCAUCCCCAAGCAGAUAGAGUUUCUGGCCUGGACCGAGCCCUUUGGGAUCGCUCUGACUCUCUUUGCCGUGCUGGGAAUUUUCCUGACUUCUUUUGUCCUGGGAGUCUUCACCAAAUUUCGCAACACACCUAUUGUGAAGGCCACGAACAGGGAGCUGUCGUACCUCCUCCUCUUCUCCUUGCUCUGCUGCUUCUCCAGCUCGUUGUUCUUCAUCGGCGAGCCCCAGAAUUGGACUUGCCGGCUGCGGCAGCCAGCUUUCGGCAUCAGUUUUGUCCUCUGCAUCUCUUGCAUCCUGGUGAAAACCAACCGUGUCCUGCUUGUCUUUGAGGCAAAGAUCCCCACCAGCCUCCACCGAAAGUGGUGGGGCCUCAACCUCCAGUUCCUCCUGGUCUUCUUGUGCACGUUUGUGCAGAUCGUCAUCUGCGUGAUUUGGCUGUACACAGCGCCACCGUCCAGCUACCGCAACCACGAGCUGGAGGACGAGAUCAUCUUCAUCACCUGCCACGAGGGCUCCCUGAUGGCCCUCGGCUUCCUCAUCGGCUACACCUGCCUCCUGGCCGCCGUUUGCUUCUUCUUCGCCUUCAAAUCUCGGAAGCUGCCUGAGAAUUUUAACGAGGCCAAGUUCAUCACAUUCAGCAUGCUGAUAUUCUUCAUCGUCUGGAUCUCCUUCAUCCCUGCUUACGCCAGCACAUAUGGCAAGUUCGUCUCUGCCGUGGAGGUGAUUGCAAUUCUGGCUGCCAGCUUUGGGCUCCUGGCCUGCAUCUUCUUCAACAAAGUCUACAUCAUCCUCUUCAAGCCUUCCCGCAACACAAUCGAGGAGGUGCGCUGCAGCACGGCUGCCCACGCUUUCAAGGUGGCUGCCAGGGCUACGCUGAGACGAAGCAAUGUGUCCCGCAAACGGUCCAACAGCCUGGGGGGCUCCACCGGCUCCACACCUUCCUCCUCCAUCAGCAGCAAGAGCAACCACGAGGACCCUUUUCCUCUACCAGCCUCUGCCGAGAGGCAGCGGCAGCAGCAGCAGCGUGGCUGCAAGCAGAAAGUCAGCUUCGGCAGUGGCACGGUCACUCUGUCACUGAGCUUUGAGGAGCCGCAGAAGAACGCCAUGGCCAACAGGAAUGCCAAGCACAGGAACUCCCUGGAGGCCCAGAACAGCGACGAGAGCCUGAUGCGGCACCGGGCCCUGCUUCCACUGCAGAAUGAGGAGCCCCUCAGCACCGAGCCCAGCUUCCACGCAGCGUCCAGCCCAGAGAGCAGCUCGCAGGAGUCGGUGGUAGGAGAUACCAAAGAAGAGGUACCAGGCCCCGAGGCAGAACCUUCCCUGCCGUCGGCUAACUCCCGAAAUUUUAUAGGCACUGGAGGUGGCUCUGUCACAGAGAACACAGCACACUCCUAACGAAAGAAGAUCCUGAAAAGCACACCGGCUCCCAGGAGGAACUUGCUUACCUCUUGCUUCUGGAUGGGAAAGACCACAAUGACACGCUCCUGUGACACAGCCCUACCACACCUUACUGUUAGUGCCAGUAGCACCUGUGCCUCUGGAGGAAGGAUUGUGUCUGGGGAGCCUUGGGCUGAAUUUGUACUCUCUCUGUUGGCACCAGGACAUCUCAGAAGGACAAGUGAAGAUCACCUCUGGUGGGGCUUAAGCAGAAGUCUGCAUGCUGCCUUGCCCCCAUAAGCUUUUCUUGCCAGACUGCAACUCAGCUGACAAUGGGAGGCACUGGGCAAUUCCACUAUACUCUGCUUUUACAUUUAUGUAUAAUAUUCCUCUCUCCCACCAUGUAUAAUAUCCCCUCUUUAUCCAGUAUAUGUGAUCUGUAACCACGUGCAUCAGGACUCCCAGCUCUCCAAAAGCAAGGCACAAGGUUUCGCGUGGGGGAAGCACGGUCGUGGGGAACAAUAAAAGAGCCCCCAGCAUGCUUCGUGCUGUGUCCAGCCAAGGGUGUGAACAUGUAAAGUAUUUAAUGUGAUGGAGCGCCCUGCUAUUUAUGUUCAGUAGUGUCCCACUCCUCUCCUCUCUGCCAGCAGGAAACACUGGACAAUGCUCUCCACAGACUCCAUUGCACUAGAGCAAGCUACUAGGUUCCAACUGGUUUUCUCUCCAGCUGAGCUGGCUUUCUCUCCAGCCUACCUGCUUUGGUGAAGGGGGAGAGCAGCUUGCUAUUUCCUCCCCACCCAACAGACAAAGUUGGGAGAGCACAAGAAGAUGUAUCCACGGCUGAUUAUGUCGCUAGUAGUUGUAUGCUUAACAAAGUGUUGCUGCUGUACUAUUCCACAUGGCAUACAUGGCUAAGCCCUUCACACCAUAGUCAGUGUUGUGCUUUGCCUCAGACCUACCUGGAGCAUUGCGCUCGUCAUGGCCGUGCUGGUGAGCCUGACACAAAGCAAGUGGGACAGAGUGAAAUGGAAGAGUCAGGGCUGGAGAGACAGCUCCCAGGAGUGGUAAAUAGGAUUGCAGGAGUGGUGAAUAUCUAACUGUGUGUGCCAGUAGAUGAAUGAGGAAGGCAUGCAGGCCUCAGCUCCGAGGCACACACCAAGAGCAGUGGAUAAAUUGCAGAUGUUUUGGCUCCUACAGGGCACCUGCUAGGUUAUUGCUGUUAUUUCUGCUUUCUUUUAUGUCUCUGAUGUCUGUGAUCUAGAUGAGGGCAUUGAGUGUGCCCCCAGGAAUUUUGCAGAUGACACUAAACUAGGAGGAGUUGAUCAGCUGGGGGUUAGGAAGGCUCUACUGAGAGACCUGGGCAGACUGAAUCCAUGACUAAGGGCAGUUAUACAAGAUGGUUCAACAAAGCCAGGUGCCAGGUCCUACACUUGGGUCACAACAACCUCAUGAAUGUUCCAGGCUUGGGGCAGAGUGGCUGAUAGAGAAAGACCUGGGGGUGUUGAUUGACAGACAGCUGAAGAGCAGCCAGCUUAUGCCCAGGUGGCCAAGAAGGCCAACAUCAUCCUGGCCUGUAAUAGGAAGUGUGGUCAGCAGGACCAGGGAAGCGAUUGUCCUGUACUCAGCACUGGUGAGGCCACACCUUGAGACCUGGGUUGUUUUGGGGCCCUCAUUAUGAGAAAGACAUUGAGGUGCUGGAGAGGAUCCAGAGAAGGGCAGGAAUGUUGGUGAAUGGUCUGGAGAACAGGUCUUGUGAGGAGUGGCUGAGGGAACUGAGGUUGUUUAGGCUGGAGGCAAAGGAAGCUGAGGGGAGACCUUGCCUCCUUACUACUACCUGAAAGGAGGCUGUAGUGAGGUGGGUGUUGGUCUCUUCUCCCUAGUAACAAGUGAUAGGCCAAGAGGAAAUGGCCUCAAGUUGCACCAGGAAAGGUUUAGGUUAGCUAUUAGAAGAAAAUCCUUGACUGAAAGGGUUAUCAAGCACUGGAACAGGCUGCCCAGGGAACUGGUUCAAUCCCCACCCAUGGAGGUGUUUGAAGGAUGCAGAGAUGGUGUGCUGAGAGAUGUGGUUUAGCAGCAGAUAAUGGUUGGACUCAAUGAUCUUAAAGGUCUUUUCCAAGCAAACCAGUUCUGUGAGUCUAUGGUGAUUUCUCUCCUGGCCCAUCUUGAAGAGAAGGCACCUAGCACAAAAAGGUAGACCAUACCUGAAGAAAAACAAGACUUCAGCAAAGAGCAUAGCAGAACUUUGUUACUCUUGGCAGGUCUCCCUUCUCCAGACGCAGAGUUUCACAGAGUGGUGAGGCUUGGAACUGCCCUGGGAAGAUCAUCCAGCCCAACUCCCCCUGCUACAGUAGGAUCGCCUAGAGUAACUCACCCAGGAAUACUUCCAGGUCAGUGUAGAAUGCCUGCAGAGACUCCACGAAGCCUCCUGUGUGCCAUACUGUGUGCACUGCCCCUUGUCCUGCCCCUGUUUUUCAAGGCAUGCCUAGUUCUUCUCCAUCCAUACUGGAAAGGUUGAAGUAAGACAGUCCUUGGAAAGAGAUCUGUCGCAGCCUGAUGAGUGGGACAGCCUAGCAGGAGGGAGGGGGAUUAUCCCCCAGAAUUUCUCUCCCUUUUGUCAGCUCCCCUAUGGCAGAAGAAAGCAUGUGCUGUGGAGGUGUCUGUACUCUCAUGAGGAUGGACUAGGCCACUAGAGAAAGGCAGAUGGUCCUGCAGCUCAGUUGUGAGCAGAGAUCAAAGGACUGUGUGACUGCACUGGGGACAAUACUCCAAAUCUGUUGUUACUGUUUCUGCUUGGUUGUUCCUUUACCAGAGCAGGCAAAUAAAACAUGCAGGUGACAUUACA